AACUGAAAUAUUGCAAGCCUUUUAUUCUUUUAAUAUUGCUGAUUAUGGCUUACAGCUUAAGAAAACUCAAAUAUCCUAUCUCUAAAUAUUAGAAUAUCAUGAAAAAGUAUACUAGUAGGGUAUUAAACAAAUCACUUGAAUUGUCUAAUUAACUCGAAACACCUGCAAGGGUUUCCUGAGCCUUGACAAACACUCAGCUGUUAUAAAUCUUUUUUUUUACUUGGUCUGAGGAAAUAUUACAAUUUUAUGAGAUAGGAUUUUAGAGUUUUCUUAAGCUGUAAGCCAUAAUCAGCAAUAUUAUAAGAAUAAAAGGCUUGCAAUAUUUCAGUUGAUUUGUAAUGAAUCCAGAAUGCAUGACAUUUUUGUUUUUUUAAUUGCAUUACAGAAAAUAAAGAGCUUUAUCACAAUAUUCUAAUUUUCUGAGACAGUCCUGUAUAACAAAUAAUAAAUAAGUAAAGGGACCUUGACCGGAAACGGAAACAGAGCGCUGUCGUUCUUCUUCGCUGGUCGCGGUCCCCGCCAGGAGGUCGCGCGUGACGCCAUGGAGCACAAGCUGAUCCUGGCGGUGUCCGGCUUCCCGAGCCUCUACGACACCAACGCCCCGACCUACCGGGACCUGAACAUGCGCGCGGACUCCUGGAGGCACGUCUCGGAGAUCAUCGCGGUUCCCGAGUCCGAGUGCCGGAGGAAGUGGAAGACGCUGAGGGACCAGCACCGCAGGGAGCGGCAGCGGGAGAAGGACCGCAGGGAGAGCGGCGUCGGGCUCUUCAACUACCGGCCCUGGCGCUACUCGUCCAUCCUGUCCUUCCUGAACCCGUUCAUCGACGCCAGGGCCGCCGGCUGCAACGGCUGGGCUCUGGACCCGCAGCCCUCGCACCUGCAAGCCCACGAGAUGGGCUGCAGCACGACCACGGACACGCGCAGCGACGAGGACGGCGAGGACGGCGGCGGCUACGACGUCGACGCCACGACGACGUCCUCCGACUUCCUUCACAGGAAGCGUCCGUCCUCCGGCGGCCGGGACGCCGGCGCAUUCAAGGAGGCGAAGAUGGAGGCGGCCUGCGAGGGCGGCGCCAGGGACGACCGCGCGGCGCCGCCCGACAACAUGAAGGAGCUGUUCGAGGCGAUGAUGCAGUCGGUCACGUCGCUCGCCGCGUCCCUGGCCUCGUCGCACUCUUCCUCGCUGGCCUCGGAUCAGCCGCCGCCUCCCGGGCGGCCCGCGCCGCAGCACAACUUCCGUCGCCUGGCGGCGCCCCGCGGCCCGCCGCCGCCGCCCCGCGCCGCCUCCAGGCUGAGCCACUUGAAAACGGAGCAGCGGGAGGCCGAGGGGGCGGAGCUGCUGGAUGACCGCACCGACGGCGAGGAGGAGGAGGGAGAGGAGGAAGAGGGCGGCGCCGCGGCGGCGUCCACCAGGCCGACCCGGGCCAAGAGGAAGAGCAGCGAGACGCUGCUGGUGGAGCACCUGAGGAGGCUGGAGGCCCGGGAGGCGCAGAGGGAGCAGAGGGACGAGGCCACGCUGUUCCUCCUCAGCCUGGCGCCGGCCGUCAGGAGGCUCCCGGCCCAGAAGCAGUCGUGGGUCAGAACCCGGAUGCAGCAGCUGCUCCACGAGGCCGAGUUCGGGGCCUUUCAGUGAUCCCAGAAAAACAUUUUCCAUUUUUAUAAACACUUUGUGGACUUUUACCAGGAGUUUGUUUUCUCCAUUUUUAUGAUUUCGUAACUUCUCUUCAGUUUUCUUUGUCCUGUUUUUGAAUUAAAACAAAUUCAAUCGUGA